AUGGACCGAAAAUGGAUGUUUGCUAGUCGAUUAUCAAAAGAAUAUGAGGAUGGAGUGAAAGAGUUUCGUAGAUUUGCAGUUGAGCAUGCAGAAAACCCUAGUAGAAUCAUUUGUCCUUGCUUGCAGUGUUGUCACUUAAAGGUAGUGAACGUAGAUGAGUUAGAAGAGCAUUUAAUAUGCAAUGGAAUUGAUAAAAGUUAUUCAUGUUGGAUCAAACAUGGUGAAAAUAAAAAAAAUCAUAUAAAUAAUGAUUUUCAUCAUACUACAAGUUAUACACCGAAAGAGACUGACACAACAUAUGAGUUAGAUGAAGUUGAGGAGAUUGUAAAUGUUAUCGAAGAGGAUAUGCGAGAUUGUCCUCAAAUGUUUGAUAGGUUGACAACAGAUGCAAAUACACCAUUGUAUAAUGGUUGUACCAGUUUCACAAGACUAUCAGCAGUAUUGAAAUUAUUCAAUUUGAAAGCACGUCAUGGAUGGUCUGAUAAUAGCUUUACUGAAUUACUAUCACUUAUAAAAGAUAUGCUACCACAAGAUAAUGUGCUUCCUAGUCGAAUGUAUGAGGCUAGAAAAAUGUUAAGCUCUAUUGGGAUGAGCUACGAGAAGAUUCAUGCUUGUCCAAAUGAUUGCAUUCUUUUUCGAAAUGAAUAUGCCCCAUUGGAUAAAUGCCCUAAAUGUAUGACAUCGCGCUAUAAGAAAAAUUUAGUNCCGAGCAAAGUGGUAUGGUAUUUUCCUAUAAUACCAAGAUUUAGGCGCAUGUAUCGUAAUGAACAAGAUGCAAAGAACUUAAGAUGGCAUGCGGAUGAAAGAAUACGUGAUGGAAAGCUUCGACACCCUGCAGAUUCUCCUCAAUGGGCAAAAGUUGNCCAUGAUUACCCUAAUUUUGGGAAAGAACCACNAAACCUACGUNUUGCUUUGUCUACUGAUGGAAUAAAUCCGCAUGGUAUGCAAAGCAACUCGCAUAGCACUUGGCCUGUGGUUAUGAUUAUAUAUAACCUACCUCCAUGGUUAUGCAUGAAAAGGAAGUUCCUGAUGUUAUCCAUGUUAAUUCCAAGUCCAAAACAACCAGGGAAUGACAUAGACAUAUACUUGGCACCUCUUAUUGAAGACUUGAAGGAUAUGUGGAAUGAAGGUGUAGAGGUGUAUGAUGGGUAUACAGAAGAAAGUUUCCUGCUAAGGGCAAUGUUGUUUGNCACAAUUAAUGAUUUUCCAGCAUAUGGUAAUCUAUCUGGUUAUAGUAUCAAAGGGAAGUGUGCAUGCCCUAUAUGUGAAGAUAAUACAGAUUGGGUGCGAUUGGAACAUGGUAGGAAAAAUGUAUUUCUUGGGCAUCGUAGAUUCUUACCUUCAAAGCACCGUUAUUGA